AUGUAUGCAAAAGAUGUUGAGAAGCUUGUGAAUGACCGACUUCGAGACUUGAAGAUCAGCGGGAACUUCAAAGAUGCACUACGUAAGGAGAUGGACCAGGCGAACUCUACGCCUUUCACCCCCGAAAUCGAGCAGGCUACUCCCCCGAAACGAUUCUCCACACCUUCAUUUACACACUUCAAAGGGGAUUCCGAUCCCGAGAGCCACCUAAAACACUUCAAAAGUGUUAUAAUCCUCCACAAGGCUGACGGCGCACUGAUGUGCAAGAACCCUGACCACGUGUUCAACCUACGCAAGAAGUCCGACGAAUCCCUUCAAGACUACAUCAAGAGAUUCAAAGCAGAAAAGGCCAACAUUGUAGGAUGUGACGACCGGAUCGCGUCCUCUGCUUUCAAGAAAGGUCUUCCAACUGAACACGACUUAUACCGCGAGCUAACUAUCGCUCCCAACCAGACUCUGGCAGAGGUCUUCGCAAUCGCAGAAUGCUAUGCUCUCUGGAAUGAUGAUCAAAUCACCGCGAAGAAGUCUACUAAGCAGGAAGAUCAGUCGAUUAAGUGGGCAGGCCAAAGAAGCGAUGGGUUUAGCAAUAGGAACAAGGACAAGUGCAUGUCACACCCACAAGGGGACACUCCGGCAGGCGAGAACUACACUAAGUUCUUCGUCCCCAUACAUCAAAUCUUAGCCCAAGUAAAAGACAAAUCUUGGAAGGCGCACCUUGAAGAACUAGUGAGAGAAGGUCACUGCACAGAAUUCAUUGCAAAGCAGGUCAUCCAGCGGAUUGAAGAUUGUGACACCGCCAACGAGCCACCCCAGAAGGUCAUAAGGAUUAACACAAUCCUAGCCAACUCCGAGGAGUCUGGGCUGACCAACAAAGAAAAGAAGAGGAAUAUCAAACAAGCCAUUGUGAUCUCCCAAAUCUCGACCGACUUUCCACCAGCGGAAGACGACCCUGUGAUCGGCUUCCAGAAGAAAGAUCUGAUCGGCCUCGACAUGCCACAUAACAAUGCCCUUGUCAUCAGCAUUCAAAUCACUCAGGCCAUGGUUGACCGAAUCCAUGCAGACGAGGGUAGCGCAGAAUAUCCUGCAGCUGGCAGUCAUCCAAUAGAUGGGCUUGGCAGCGAAGAUCAACAAAUCAGCCAGAUCACUGACCAGCUUUAA